AACUGGGAUCCAUAAGUUGGAUGGCCCGAACCCAACCGGAUCAAUACCCAUUGUUGAACCGAAUCCGGUUCUCGUUUAUCUUCCCAUCUUUUCUUCGUCUAAUUGUUUCUUUUAUUUCUCUCUUCCUUUCGCGAUAUCGAAGAACUCAACCAACGGUAAUCGGAGAAUAGUUUGAGAGAUGACGACGGCAGCUCGACCCACAUGGGCACCUGCAAAAGGUGGUAAUGAACAAGGUGGUACUCGAAUUUUUGGUCCUUCUCAGAAGUACUCGUCCAGAGAUCUUGCCUCUCAUACGAACCUAAAGCCUAGAAAGGAGGGGCAAGACACCCAGGAUGAAUUGCAGAAGAGGAAUCUCCGUGAGGAGCUUGAUGAUCGAGAAAGGAGGCAUUUUUCAUCGAAGGAUAAGUCUUAUAAUGAUGAUAGAGACCGUAGAAAGAAUAAUCAACUUUUCUUGGAAGGGACAAGGAGGGAUACUGAAGACCGCAUUAUUCCACGCAGUGUGGAUGCUGAUGAUUCUGAUGUGGAAGUUAACAAUGAUGAUGAAAGUGAUGAUGACGACGAUGAUGAUGAUGAGGAUGACACUGAAGCUCUCAUGGCUGAGCUUGAAAGAAUAAAGAAGGAAAGAGCAGAGGAGCAGUUGCGGCAGGAACAACAACGGGCUGCUGAAGAGCUUAAAGUGAAGGAAGAGCAGCUUCUUCGAGGAAAUCCACUCUUAAACAAUCCAACGUCUUUUAAUGUGAAAAGGAGGUGGGAUGACGAUGUGGUUUUCAAGAACCAGGCUCGAGGUGAAACCAAGACCCCUAAGCGCUUCAUCAACGAUACUAUAAGAAAUGACUUCCAUAGAAAAUUCCUUCAGAAAUACAUGAAAUAAUUUAGUUGAUGUUUUAAAAGUCACCAAGAAGUUGAAAGAUAAUUCUGGAUCUGAGUCAUUGUAUGUAUGUGAUUAACAAUCAUCUCUGCAGGUUUGAAUUUGAUGUACCAUUUUCCAGAAAAUUUGGGAUUGUUUUUUAUGCUGAUUUCUAUGUACGCUUGUGAAAUAUAUAGACUGGUGUAAGCAACUUUUAUUUUGAUCUCUAUUGUUCUUUCCAUUUGAUUGA